ACGAUCGUGGUUACAGUCACUCGUGAACACUGGAUUUCGAAGGUUCUUCAAGUUAUACUGAGAAGUGUUUUAAAUAAAUUUUAAUUAACUUGUGAUUUUAAUAGUGAAUAGACAAUUAAAUAAUGAAUGCAAUAAAAAAAAGAUUGCAAACAUUAAAAAUUGAAAAAGAUAUUGCAAUUGAUCGUGCUGAUGUUUGUGAUCAACAAGCAAGAGAAGCAAAUAAACGUGAAGAAUUAUUGAGAGAUGAAGUCCUGGAAUUGGGAAAAAAAUUAUCACAAAUGCAACAUGAUUUAAAAAUAAGUCGUGAUAAUUUGAAAAAAUCAAAUAUGAGUCUUGAGGGAAAAGAACAUGCUUUAUUAAUUACUCAAUCAGAAUUGGCAAUUCUAAAUAGAAAAAUGCAGACGUGUAUGGCAAAUUUAGAAAAAACUGAGGAACGUCGUGUAGUUGCACAGACAAAACUUGCACAAGCAUCAGAAACAGCUGAUGAUGCUAAAAGAAUUUGUAAAGUUUUAGAUAAUAGAAGAAAAGCUGAUGAAGAUAAAUUAGAUCAGUUAACAAAACAAUUAAAAGAAGCUCGUGUUAUUGCCGAAGAUGCAGAUACAAAAUCCGAUGAAAUAUCAAGAAAAUUAGCAUUUGUUGAGGAUGAACUUGAAGCUGCUGAAGAUCGUGUUAAAGCUAGCGAGUCUAAAAUUGCUGAAAGAGAAGAUGAAUUAUUUAUUGUUGGUAAUUUUUGUCGGUCUCUUGAAGUUUCUGAGGAAAAAGCAAAUCAACGAGUUGAAGAAUUCAAAUUACAGCUUAAAGAAUUAAAGGUAAAAUUUAAAGAUGCUGAAAGACGUUGUGGUGUUGCUGAUUUUCAAAUGAAAACACUUCAAAAAGAACUGGAUCGACGUGAAGAUAAACUAUUUAGAGAAAAAGAAAAAUGCAAAUAUAUUUGUGACGAUUUGGAUUCAACUUUUGCUGAACUUACUGGUUACUAAUUAAGAUGAUAUUGUUUUUUUUUUUUUUAAAUAACAUUAAUUAUUUUAUUCUUUUUUUUUUUACAUUAUAUCAAUUUAUUUCAUUUUGACUUUGUUGAUACAAUGGAUUUAAAUGACUGUCCUCAGAUUAACUUGAGGCCGUUGCAUUUAUUAUUUUUCUUAUUACAUAGACCAUUGAAAAACACGUUUGAACAUCAUUUAACAUGCCUCGGUUUAUUUUUAUUAUAUAUAUAUUUUUUUUUUCCUUACAUUAAUAUUUUUUUUUCUGGUUUAAUGUACAUCAUAAUAAAUUAUCGUUCAUUUGAUUAGUGACCCUUCUCGUCCAUUAUAAAAAAUAAUCAAUAAA